GUUUAUACUCAUAAUAAACAGAUCUAAAGAAUGGCCAAAAAUAUUAAGUGUGUUGUAGUGGGAGACGGGGCUGUUGGUAAAACCUGUCUGUUGACUUGCUAUGCAACUGAUACCUUCCCCGAGACGUAUGUACCAACUAUAUUUGAUAACUAUUCCACGACGGUUUGGGUUAACCAGAUACCAGUUCAGUUGGGUUUAUGGGAUACAGCUGGACAAGAAGAUUAUGACAGGUUACGUCCCUUGUCAUACCCUUUGACGGAUGUUUUCGUGUUAUGUUAUAGUGUUGACAGCAAAGCAAGUUUUCAAAAUAUCAAGUCAAAGUGGUAUCCCGAAGUUUCACAUCAUUGUCCAGAUGUCCCAAUCGUACUGGUGGCUACCAAAACAGACUUAAGAAAAAUAUCCAUAAAAACUAAAAAGAAAUCAAUAGAAAUUAGUGAAACAGUUACAGUUGAAAAAGGACAAGCACUAGCCAAUGAAAUAAAAGCUGUAAAAUACUUGGAGUGUUCAGCACGAACUAUGCACGGAGUAAAAACAGUUUUUGACGAAGUAAUAAAGGUGUUAAUUGUACCACCUAAACGGAAAUAUUCUAGAGAGCGAAGAUGUAAAGUGUUGUAGUAAAGUUGUAUAUUGUGUACAUGUCAAUCGGCCAUCCUCGGGUGAAUCCGCUACUCGUCUUCCUAAAUGAAGGUACGGAAUCGACCGAGUUGUGACGGAUGGUGUAUAUGUCAAUCGGCCAUCCUCGGGUGAAUCCGUUACUCUUCCUAAAUGAAGGUACAGAAUUGACCGAGUUGUGACGGAUGGUGUAUAUGUCAAUCGGCCAUCCUCGGGUGAAUCCGUUACUCUUCCUAAAUGAAGGUACGGAAUCAACCGAGUUGUGACGGAUGGUGUAUAUGUCAAUCGGCCAUCAUCGGGUGAAUCCGCUAAUCGUCUUCCUAAAUGAUGGUACGGAAUUAACCGAGUUGUGGCGGUUGGUGUAUAUGCAAGUCAUUUGAGCUCAGUGACUGUCUGGGAAAUUCUUUUGUGAUUUUGAAAAUCCUUCCAGAUGAUUCCUUAAAGAUAAAGUUACAGCAACUUAAACAUUAUGUACAUAUUACGGAGGAAGAAGAUGUUUUGCCAUUACAAGAGUA